UUAAAAUGAUAAUGAAUUAAUCCCUUCAGCAUCAUCUAGCAAUCUUGGCACAUGCUAUCAAGGAUGGACGUGGCUUUCGGAUCAAUGCUACAAAGUAGAACAUACCCCUAUGUCUUGGGAGGAUGCCAGAGACCAUUGUAUUACCAUUAAUGGUCAUCUUGUACAGUUUGACGACAUACCUCAGCAAACCGAAGUUCAGAAGAAUUUAUUUUCUGAUAUGAAUGAUGACGUAUGGAUCGGGUUGAAAGCAAAUAAAACUGGUUGGACAUGGACAGACGGUCAGAGUAACCAGUAUAAUAGUUUUAAAGACCAAACACAAGAUGAUGGCCAAUGCGUCAUGAUGGAUAGAAGAUUCUGGUAUGAAACAAACUGCAGCAACAAUCAUCCUGUUGUAUGUCAGGCUGCACCCACAGAAUGUGAAAAUGCAGAUGAAUGGCUGUUAACACCAAGCUAUCAUUGUAUAUUGACAAAACAGGGAAACACAACUUGGCACAAAGCCCGAGAAUACUGUGAAAACAACAACGCUGAUCUGGUUUUAUGGGAUAGCAAUACUGAAUUACAGAUGUUAAAAAAUAUCAGCGUCAGCUUAAACAGUGAUUUGUGGAUAGGACUUUACUACAACGAUUCAAACAAAUUAUUUACCUGGGUCAAUGGAACAGCAGCAGCCAAAGUUAUAUCAAGUCAACACACAUUUUCUCCAACCUCGAAACAGUGUAUAGCUUUGCAACCAGAUGUAAGUCAACGGAAAGCGGUAUGGACUCAGCGAUCAUGUGAUGAACAAAUUGGAUUUAUUUGUCAACUUGUGUCUGGCAGAAGACUAUCGUAUAUAACAACAGAUGAAGCAACAACAACCGAUGCAAUAACAACAAUAGACGAAAAAUCAACGGUGACGAUAUCAUCUUCGUUAGAUGAAAACAACAUCACUGAAUUGUUUACAGCUUCUUACAAGAUAUCUACCAACGAUGCAGCAACUGGGCUCACAACACAUAAUAUCAAUGACAACAUGACCACAUUUUCUCUUCAGGAUAGGCAAUAUCAUCUUGAAAGAGAUGCAUUGCAGUUUGCACACCAAAUCAAUGUUCAGUGUAAUGUGGACGGAAUGGACAAUAUGACACAGGCAGUAGCAAGAAUUUUUACAAACUAUAUAAAAGUGAUUGACUACACGGUCUUUUUGAAGUUAGUCACCACUUCGGUGCUAUCAUGUACAUCUAUCAUAUAG